GUCCACGAGCACACGAGCACGCACAAGUACGCGAAUUGAGAAACGGCUAUUCUCUGAACCAGGCACAAAGGACUGAUGGAUUGGUCUGGGAUUGGUUAUCUCGAUCAGUCAAUCAGAGUUACUCGAACUACAGCAAGCGGGAGGACCACACACACGUGCCUGCCAUCACUUCCGGAGUCGUCGGACCUCGUGUUGUUGACAUCUCGAAGCUCAUCUGAAUACUUAGCUCCUGAUGGCUGGUACGUGACGGGUGGAGUCCUCACCAAAACAACAGCAAAUGGAGGAGAUCCGCAAGUGGGAGGAUGAGGAACGGGCCAAGCAGCAGGAGGAGGAGGAGCGGUCCCGACGAGAGGCAGAUCAGAAGCAAAUGGAGGAGAUCCGCAAGUGGGAGGAUGAGGAACGGGCCAAGCAGCAGGAGGAGGAGGAGCGGGCCCGACGAGAGGCAGAUCAGAAGGCGUCAACAGGCUCAGCUGCUGUAAUGCCGGGGCUGGACUAUAUUAGUCCCAGGUCUCCAGAUUCUGCCACAUCUGCACUAUGUUCCCAGUGGCCCAUCAAUCUGAAGCUAACCCACCUGGAGUUGAACAAGGAAACACCUCUUAUUCAAUUUCAGGGCCAUUAUCUGAACAUGUCGCAACUGGACUAUAGGAUCCUGCAGGCAGAGAUACAGAACACACCAAAGACCAGGCUUCGGUGGGACUUGGAGAGUUUUGCCUGGUUGAAGAUGUGAUGGCAGGGCUGUGGUAUCGAGGGGAGGUACGAAAUGCAAAUGCAGAUACCUUUGAUGUGUUCCUCAUUGACCAAGGCAACGUCAUGAGUGUGGACAUUUCGCAAAUGUAUUCCUGUUCAAAUGAGCUACUUGAUCUUCCCCCAAAGAUAGUCUGUGGCUAUUUUUCCAACGUGCUGCCAUUACACGACUGCUGGGAUUCUGUCAUGGAAAAGUACCUCUUGUCACUGAUUGGAACCCAUGUCACUGGCUACCUUCAUGCCCUCCUUCCCCAUAAAGUGAUGCUUUUUGAGGCCACUGACAUCAACAAAGAGUUGGCUGGACGGGGGUUUUGUAAGCAUCUGGAUGCAGACACAUUCCUCCUCUUAGUUAAGAUGCUUACAGACGUGCCCCUUGAACAGAAUAUGGAACGUGGCCCUGACUUCUACCAAAGGCCAUGGGUACAAAGUGACUUCAAAUCGUUUGGCGGGACAGAUAUGAGUGCUGGAACAUGUGUUCAAUUAAAAGUAACUGCCGCGGUGAACCCUGGCCUUUUCCACUGUCAGGUGAGCAGUGCUGCAUCGGAUUUACAGGCAAUGUCAGAGAGAUUGACUUUAGCGUGCAAUUCUACUCUAAGUGAUCCCAAUCAGACACCAAAGGACAACAUUGGUCUGCUUUGCUCAGUGAAGGGCAAAGAUGGCAAAUGGUACAGAGGCUGUUUGCAGUGCCUUCCUGUAAACUCCAAAGUGAAAGUACUUUUUGUCGACUAUGGAUUCUGUGAAUCAGUCAGAGUUGAGAAUAUUCUCAGACUGCCAGCUAAUUGCUUUUCUUUGCCCAUUAUGGCUUUUCCAUGCACCCUCUCUUCUGUAACUGAACAAGACAAAGACUGCAAACUGAGGCAGCUAUGUCUUCUCAAGAAAGGGAUACUCAAUGGAGUACUCAAUGCUAAGGUCCUCAGUUUGGAUGUGAAACUGAAUACCUACUCAAUCGAAGUACUCAGUAAUGAAGACUGCUUUGUGAAAGAACCAGAGCUGACCCAGGAGCAGUCCUUGCGCUUGUCAGUUCAAG